AUGUCUAAACCAAUGAGCAUCCUGUCUUUUCUUCUCUUCAGUAUCCCUAGCGGUUUAGCAAUAAAUGAGAAAUCAAGACCAAUUGAAAUAACCAAAGAUGUUGUCAUCAUUGGAGGAGGUGCAUCAGGCACCUACGCCGCAGUCCGUCUCCGCGAAGACCUCGGGAAAAGCGUCAUCGUCAUUGAGCCCAGACCUAAUCUAGGCGGCCACACAAGUACAUAUCUCAUCCCAGAAACAAACACCACUGUCGAUUACGGCGUGCAGUCGUAUCUUCCCUAUGGUCCUGCAUCUUCGUUCUUCGCCCGCUUCAACAUUACGACCGAAGUCUUUUCUCCAGAGCGACUGACUUCACUGAACGUCGACGUCGAAACAGGAAAAACGCUCCUGGAUUACCGUGCGCCAAGUUUGAAUGCUACAAAUGAAGCAUUAAGCCGCUGGCUCACCAUUACCCAGAAAUACCAACAGUACCUGGAGCCAGGAUAUUGGAAUUUCCCACGUCCCGGCGAUAUCCCCGAUGAUUUCCUAAUCCCCUUUGAGCAGUUUGCAAAGAGGGAGGGAAUUGAAGCGGCAGUGCCGCGCAUAACUGCGAUUUCAGGUGUGGGAUACGGGGGUGUGAGGGAUCUCUUAACAUUGACUGUGUUCCAAGCAUUCGGGGCAUCACUUACACAAGAUUUCCUGCAAUCCAAGCUCUUCCGCCCAACAAACAGCAACAACGCCCUCCUCUACACCCGCGCCCUCUCCCUCCUAAAGUCCGACAUCCUCCUCUCCAGCACCGUACAAUCCACCAAACGCACAAAAAACAGCAUCCAGCUCACCGUCAUCCACGCAAACGGUACUUCCUACCUGAUAACUACCAAGAAGAUCCUCUUUACCGCACCCCCAACCCUCACCAACUUACUCCCCUUCAACCCCGACAAGCGCCAAAAAACCCUCUUCACCCCCUGGACCCCCAGCGCAGAAUUCGUAGCUAUAAUCCACGCACCCUGCCUCCCUGCCAAAACCUCGAUCUCCUUCCUGCCCCACGCCGUAGUACCAACCAGCUACCUGUCACUAAAAGACUACCCUUACACUCUCCGCCUCGACGCUACUGGCCCUGUGGGUACAAAUCUCUUCCGCGUCGUCUUCGGCGCAAACUACACGCUUUCUACGCCUGCAUUCCAGCAGCUCGUGCGGGACCGCGUGCAGGACGUCAUCCGCGCUGACUCGGUAAACACCACAGCAACAGCGAACUGUGAAAUAACGUUCCGAGCGAGUUCAGAUCACUCGCGCCCGUGGUGGCCGCAGGAUGCAGCCAAGAUACAAAGUGGAUUUGUGAGCAAAGUGAAUAGCUUGCAGGGGUAUAAGGGAAUGUGGUUUGCGGGGUAUGCGUGGGGAGCGCCGUAUAGCUCGACUGUUUGGGCGGUUGUUGAUACGGUUUUGGAGAGGAUGGUUGGGGUGUAA